UUGAAACACGAUGAAAGGGGCUGAUCUUGAAAGCGUUCAGAUCGACCCAAUAGAUGGCCGUAAGCCUGCCGGGUUGCCACCGAUGUUAAGCCGCACCUCUAGUAAGGCAACAUCUGUUCAAAAGGGACCGCCACCUUCUGGUGGAGGGGCGCCAAAAAUGGGCCGCACAACAUCAACGGCUGCCAAAGGGCUUAAUAGCUUACGGUUUCUUGAUAGAACCGUGACCGGAAAAGAAGGGGAUGCAUGGAGGUCGAUUGAGAGACGUUUUAAUCAAUUUGCUGUCGCGGGAAAGCUACCUAAAGACAAAUUUGGAAUCUGCCUUGGAAUGGGAGAUAGCAUCGAAUUCGCAGGGGAGUUGUAUGAUGCAAUGGCUAGGCGUAGGAAUAUAGAUGGUGAAGAAGGGCUCACUAAAGAACAAGUUAGAGAUUUUUGGGAAGAGAUGACAAAGAAAGACCUUGAUGCUCGGCUUAGUAUCUUUUUCGACAUGUGUGACAAGAAUGGGGAUGGGAUAUUAUCAGAGGAAGAGGUAAAAGAGGUACUUAUAAUGAGCGCUUCGGCGAACAAGCUUUCGAAUUUCAAGAACCAAGCCGGGACAUAUGCAGCUCUAAUCAUGGAUGAACUAGACCCUGACCAUCGUGGUUACAUAGAGAUGUGGCAACUCGAAAUCCUGCUAACAGGCAUGGUAUUGAAGGAUAAUGGCAAGCCAAACCAGAAAUCAGAGAAUACUAAAAAGAAUCAAGAUACAACGAAUCUAGCAAUGUCUAUGAUCCCACAAAGCUAUCGCCACCCAACUAGAAGAUUCAUAAAUGAAGGGAUAGAACUUGUACAAGACAACUGGAAAAGAUUUUGGGUAGUAACCAUAUUCCUCGUGCUUAACUUCUUACUUUUUGAAUGGAAAUUUCUUCAGUAUAGCAAACUGCCAACAUUUGAAGUAAUGGGUUAUUGUGUAUGCGUAGCCAAGGCUGCGGGUGAGACCCUAAAGCUUAACAUGGCUCUAAUUCUCCUUCCGGUUUGUAGAAAAACACUCACAGGCUUACGAGAAACAUGGUUAGGGAAACUUUUACCUUUUGAUGAUAACAUCAACUUCCAUAAACUUAUCUCCGUCGCCAUUGUGAUUGGAGUUAUAGCCCAUACUGUAGCACACAUGGGCUGCAACUUUAUAAGGAUUAGCACUUGCCCCCCAGCCACUUUUCAACGUGUUUAUGGAAAUUUGCUCCCAGCGCAACCAUCGUACAAGGAUCUAAUGUUAACAAUCCCAGGUGUUACGGGUGUGAUCAUGGACGUAAUGAUGUUCUUUUGUUUUCUACUCGCGACGCAUGCUUUUAGAAGAAAUGUCAUAAAUUUACCAUGGCCGUUUAAUAAUUUAGCCGGUUUUACCUCCUUUUGGUAUGCCCAUCAUCUUCUGAUUAUCGUUUACAUCUUGUUGAUCCUGCAUGGGUACUUCCUCGUGUUCGCCACUUUUUGGUACAUGAAAACAACAUGGAUGUAUCUUGUGCUCCCAAUGUUGUGUUAUGCAAGUGAGAGAGUGUUUACAGCCUCUGACCAUAACCAUCGGGUUAAUAUCGUUAAGGCUAUCAUAUACACUGGAAAUGUCCUAGCUCUCUAUAUGAGCAAACCUAAUGGAUUCAAGUACAGGAGCGGGAUGUACCUUUUUGUUAAAUGUCCAAAUAUAUCAGGUUUCGAAUGGCAUCCUUUCUCCAUAACUUCUGCACCUGGAGAUGAUUACUUAAGUGUACAUAUUCGAACUUUAGGAGACUGGACAACAGCCCUUAAAAACGAAUUUGCAAAGGCUUGUGAGCCUCCACCACAGAAACCUCAAAUUGGUGCUUCUGCUUCAAGAGCUGUAAAAGGAAACCUUGUUCGAUUAGAAACCAAAGCAAACGUUAAUGUUUCUGUAGAAGAAGCGCAAGCAAUAUACCCUACAAUAAUCAUCAAAGGACCAUAUGGAGCUCCGGCUCAAGAUUACAGAAAAUAUGACAUCCUAUUACUUAUUGGUUUGGGUAUUGGAGCAACCCCCUUCAUUAGCAUUUUGAAAGAUCUCUUAAACCACCAAAGGGAAGCAGUAAGUAGUACUUCUUUUAUACCAUGUUACCUUAUAAAGGGUUGUGCUAAAGUUCCGGAACGCGCCUACUUCUAUUGGGUGACAAGGGAACAAGGAUCAUUUGAGUGGUUCAAAGGUGUUAUGGAUGAUAUUGCUGAGUAUGACAAAGAGCACAUAAUCGAAAUGCAUACCUACUUGACAUGUGUUCAUGAAGAAGGUGAUGCACGAUCUGCGCUCAUUGCCAUGGUGCAGUCUCUACAACAUGCCAAAAACGGGGUGGAUGUUGUCUCCCAAAGUCGUAUAAGAACACAUUUUUCAAGACCUAACUGGAAGAGGGUAUUCUCCACUUUGGCAACCAACCAUGAUUCUGCUAGAAUUGGUGUGUUCUAUUGUGGGAGCCAAACGCUCGUCAAAUCACUAGAAAGUAUUGCCAAAGAAUUUUCCGUAGAAACUUCAACUCGCUUUGAAUUCCACAAAGAGAACUUCUAAUAAUCCAAUGUACUUAAAAAGUUUUGGUUACGAGAAAUCAACUUGUACAUCUAGAAGUCCUUGGUUAGGGUUUGGAAUCUUGAUUGAAGUUCCAACGCUUGUGAUAUCGGGCGUGUUUGUAUGUUCGUAUUUAUGAUCAUCUGCAAUAGGAAUACCUAGUGUUGAUAGAAAAGGAUAGUUUUAAUUCAUACUUUUAUUGAUAUCGUUUU